AUAUGAACCAAAUUACCAAAUGGAACAUGAUGAUGCACCUGUUUAUAUAUGUUUACCAUGCUGGAUGCUCAUAGGACAUUACUUAAAACAGAUAAAAAGUCAAUGCAUUGAUGAAGUGAUUUGAGUUCAUGCAGAAAUAUGUUUCUUAUCAAAGCUAGUCAUUAGUAGCAAGGCCUAUGAUUAAGAUUGCAUAAAUCCACAGUCUUAUUUGGGAUGAAAGCAGUAUUGCAAUAAUCUUCCAUUUAUUUAGGCCUCCCUGCAGUCUCAGCUCCAACAACAGGUGCGUUCUUAUCAUUAUAUGAGUUGCCUGGGCGCGGCGCUGUUCAGUGGCAGUGGUGCUGAUAAAUCUGCAAACAGUCCUUUGUUUUAGUUCGCGCUGGUGUGGCGCUGUCCAUGGUGCUGAAUGUUUGCCAAUGCAUUCCCGAAGGCUAUUUAGUUAGAUUUCUUUAUUGUAUCUGCGGCUUCUACAAUGAAGUUACAACAUGUUUGGGUUGUGGUAUUCUAAUGUGCAGAUGCAAAUGAUAUAGUUUCCUCUUCAAUGCCCUGCAUGAGAUGUAGACAUUUCCUUGCUACGUUUAGGCCUACAUUAUUCACUGAGGCAUGGCCUGUGUAUUCAAAAAUUAGGGAAUUAUUAAUAUUAUAUGAAGUCAACAGGUGAAUCAAUCACUCUCAUAUAUACUCAUAGACACACAUCUGCCUCCCAACUCCUUUGUUCCGCGAUCCAUUUUUAGUACAAACACUAUUUUGACAUUUAGAAUGUCUUAAUUUAUCUGAUUGGUUGUGCUCUGCUUCAUCCCAUAUACACCCCCAAGCACGCACUCAAACACCCACACUCCUUCACAAAGUAUGUCAGCUGUUGUAUCUUAGCAACGGGCAAGGUAAUUAUUGAGAGCGCCAAGGAGCUGGCAUGCUGGAGAACUGCUGAUCUGAUCCCAGCAAUAGAAAGACAGGAAGGUGGAGAUAUCGUCACUGUUGCCCAACAUGUUUCUGGAAGCCAUGUUUUUGUUUUCUUUGUUGUUUUUAUGGAUCCAAAUCGAUCUGACAAAGGUGUUAAAUGUAAUGGAGACAAAUGAGCCUGUUAUGUAGAAUGGAUCCUCACAUCUCCCAGUAAGAGGCAGGACAGAGGGAGGAAAACCUCAGGAGGGACGAUAGGAGGGCUGCCGUGCCAGAGGCGGAAGAGUGGCGUCGGUCGGAGCAAGAGAGGGGGUAGAAUCACCCUAGCAUCCCUACCCCUAGAAUCAUAGAGUUGAAGGCAUGUCUAACCAGACCCAGAUCUUUGGCAUUGAUGGCCCAGGGAGCCUGCUGGCAGUGUUGGCCUCACAGAGGGCCAGCAGCAUCAGCGGCACCAGCAGUGAAGGAAUCUCGGCUGCGGCCGUGUCCGCCUACGUCAAGUUGGUGUUCCUGGGCCUGAUCCUCUGUGUCAGCCUAGCAGGCAACCUGCUGGUGUCUCUGCUGGUCCUCCGAGACCGGGCCCUCCACAAGGCCCCCUACUUCUUCCUGCUGGACCUUUGCCUAGCUGAUGUCGUCCGGUCUGCUGCCUGCUUCCCCUUCGUCCUGGUGUCUGUCCACAACAGCUCGGCGUGGACCUACAGCGCCUUCAGCUGCAAACUGGUGGCCUUCCUAGCUGUGCUCUUCUGUUUUCACGCUGCCUUCAUGCUGUUCUGUGUGGCUGUGACCCGCUACCUGGCCAUCGCCCACCACCGCUUCUACGCCAAACGCAUGACGGUCUGGACCUGCGCUGCCAUCAUCUGCAUGGUCUGGACUUUGGCCAUUGCCAUGGCGUCUCCACCCGUCUUUGACGUGGGGACGUACAAGUUCAUUCAAGACGAGGACCAGUGCAUUUUCGAGCACCGCUACCUUAACACAAAUGACACUCUGGGCUUCAUGCUCAUGCUGGCCGUCGUGGUCCUGGCCACCCACGGUUUCUACACCAAACUCCUGCUAUUUGAAUACAAGCACCGCAAGAUGAAGCCUGUCCAGCUAGCGCCAGCCAUCAGCCAGAACUGGACCUUCCACGGCCCGGGGGCCACAGGUCAGGCAGCGGCCAACUGGAUCGCAGGCUUUGGCCAGGGCCCAAUGCCCCCCACCCUGCUGGGCAUCAGGCAGACUUUGCAGAACCAGCAGCACCGGUGCCUGCUGGGCAUGGAGGAGGUCAGAUCAGAGAGGAGGCUAGGCAGGAUGUUCUACAUCAUCACCCUGCUCUUCCUGGUGCUCUGGGCUCCCUACAUAGUGGCCUGUUUCUGGAGGGUCUUUGUCAAGUCCUGCUCCAUCCCUCACAGGUACCUCUCCAUCACAGUGUGGAUGAGCUUUGCCCAGGCAGGGGUCAACCCUAUCUUCUGCCUCCUGCUCAAUGAGGACUUGAGGAAAGUGCUGAGGGCCCACCUGCCCACCUACAGCAGGACUAGACAACACCAACAGCUGCACCGCCAUGAGCUGUUGGUGUUCACCAUCACAUGAUGCACUACUGUAUGGUGUGAUGGGGGUGGGAUUGGGGUGUUUUGUUUGUAUUAUACAGAAAUGCCUAUCUUACCUUUUUUGUAAAGAGAAUGUUUAUCAGUUGCUACUAUUCUUGCAAAUGAAUUAUGACUGUUUCAUAUGUAAUGUACAUAUUAUGUGUGUGGACACAUGCAGUAUGAGAAGCAGGUUUGUAGUAAUACUUGGUAAUGAACAUUCUCAGUAGAUUAUCUCAUUUAAAUGGCCCGAAAAUUAUGUUAAAACAGAUUUUCUUUAGUUCAAUGGAGGGGAUUGCAACGGUCACUAAAAUAGCAAGAUAUACACUGUGUACAAAACAUUAGGAACACCUUCCUAAUAUUGAGUUGCACCCCCUUUUGCCCUCAGAGCA